UCGGUGUGUACAUAUACUCGUGUGCACGUGUACGUGUAUACGAGCGCACGAGUGCCGGUGCAUAGGUGUGAAUGCACAGGAGAAUACUUUUUUUGGAAGAAUUUCGAAAUCGUUAGGAAAUGGAAGGCGUUUAGUUCUCUGUAUAAUCUGGCCAGAUUUAGAGGGCACCAUAGUAGCAGUAUUUUGGGCCUGUUUUGAAAACGUGGCAAAAUUACAGGCUUACUGCUUGUAUCAAGUAUAUAUCAUUGAAAUGGUAUAAAUUAAAUUAACUCGUCAUUUAUUAUCCCAUAUUAUUCUCUACCAAGUUUCAUUAACAAUAUAGUUACAGGUGCAAGUGAACAAACAAAUGCAAAGCAAAGCAUCGAUAAGCUAAAGCAAUUUUGCCAAGAUAUACAAUUCAGUGAAUUAGAAAUUCUUGUUACAAAAUAAAAAUAGAUCACCCUGGAUUCGACGUUUUUCGUAAUUGGUUUAAAUUACUGUUCGCGCGAGUUGAUCUAUAUCUACGAACUACGAAUAAAAAAAGAUAUAAACGUCGCCUAGUACACAAAGGAAGCAUUUCACGGGGUAAUCUGGAUGAAUGGAAAGGCGGCGUGCAAGCAAGCGUUUCCUUUCAGCGAAUAAAACGUUACUCCCUAACGACCUGAGUGCACUUCCUGCAUAAUUGAGUGCACUCAACUUUGUUGCACUUCCGCGAAUAGAGCCAAGUAAACGACUGUUUAAACUGAAACCAAUCGUUUGGCACCGAUUGCAAAAACCUUGCUAGCAAAAAGAAAAAAAAACAGCAUUGAAAUAGUUGACUCGUUUAUGACGAGAAGGAACGAUUGCGAAGGAGAACCUGCGUGUCAGGAGUAAUUACGAAGCUGAGCUAUUUUAAGACACGACAUCUUGAGCAGUUGGUGUCUAAUUACAAUUAAACGAGAUCAAGUGCAAGAAAGGUGCAAGCCCCUGUGGUAGCCGCGGUGAUCGGCCGGAAAACUGCAACUUUACAUUAGGAAGCCAAAAUGUGCAUCACCCUUUUGUGCUAUAAUUUACUUAUAGUCCAUUCUUCCGUGAGCAGUAUACAUAUAUACAUAGCCACGCGAAAGUAUUCCUAAUAUUUGAGUAGUAAUAUUUUAUGUAGGCUUCUUUUGGCUAAGACUUUGUGAGAGCGAAGGAAAGAGCCUGGCAGUAGUAUUUAAUCAAAAAAUCGUGACUGUAUCACGAUUAGAUUUACCAUUAAUUAUUUAUUCAUGAAAAAGUGUGCGACACGAGCCCCCGAUGAACCGGUAUUUUAAGGCUGCACGCGUGCAGGCAUCGUCUGUACACGGCUUAAUGUCAGCCAAGCGAGUUGGCACGAAAUACGAUAAAUGCCACUUUCGCCCUGGAAUAACCUACAGCCCUGGGGUAUUCUCUACUUUACGAUGAUAACUCGUACGAUUCGAUGAUAAAUCCUGAUACUGUUUGAACCCUUCUUACAUCCGGAUUCUGCACAUACAGAAUCAUUAGAAAUUGCUACAUCCACUUUAGGGUAAUUUCCUGGUUUCUUGAACCUGACAAAGAUGCAGACAAAAAGAACUUCCGAGAUACUCGGCUUUCCAUCAUUACUCUCGCCACAAACUCGACCAACAGGAAUCCAAUAAUGAGAUGAAAUAGUUUAAUACGUCCUCUUGCACACCAUUGGUAAACUAGACUUAUUUUCUUUCUAGUUCUGUUUCUAAUAGUGAGUAUAAAUCUGACAUCAUUAAAGUGACUAGCCAUAACAACACCUUGCAAUGGCUUUCUUGUCUCUUGCACUGUAUCAUUAUCAGACACAUGGCCUUUUCUUCUAAGUAUCAACGUUUCUCCAACAUUGCAGGUGGCUUCUUUAAAGUGAAAUGAUUCACUGAUUGUUGUGCGAGUCUUGUGUGAACGAGUAUCGCAUCUCUUCCAAAUGAGUGAUCGCCUAAAAUAUCUUCAAAACAUCGUACCCAUGACUCACGAUGUGGAUGUUUGUUCCAGUGUUCCCGUUUCCAAGCCAUCUGAAUCCAAAGAACAAUUCAAUUAUCAUCAUUCCACGUGUAUUCCAUCCAGUGUUACGAUAAAUACCGCUAUCGUAGUUUUGUAACCGUUAGUCAGACAACGUUCAAGACACGACUACCGAUGAUCGACGUGUCUACAACGGUGGUACCCUUUCAAUUAAAAGCACGAAGCAAAAGCAGAUGUUUUCAAACGUUUUCAUCCUCAAGGUUCCAGAAGUCGUUGAACAAACUCAAGCUAAGAGGCCAAGGAUCAGUCUGGUCGAUGCAAAAAUAUCGUCAGAGGGUUGCAGCAAUUUUUUCGAGCAUUUCCUACGGCGAAGAAACUGGAGCCGCAAUAAAGUUUACAACGUGGCCCCGUGUAUUUAUAGCCGGUCAAUUCGACGGUGAUCCUCCCGUAAUUUUUAAACCGAACAACUCUGCGCGAGCAACGGAAACUCGCCAAUUAGAGAGGCAGAUGUUCCUCGAAGAUUUUUCCAAUGCAUCACCGAAGAAGGUUGACGAAUGGUGCUUGCGAAAAAUCCGUCGCCUUCUCGAGGCGAGAGUCCUCAAAAAGAAAAUGCGAGAAAGGAUAAAGGGAAGAGUCGUACGUCUCGUGGCAACAGUCCAGGGGAUCAAACUACUUCCAGAGGAAACAGUCCAGGAAAGAAUAAUUCCAUUGUCAAGAAAGUCCAGACGAAGAGUAGUUUAUUAGGAUCGCGUGGGAGCGAAACUGGUAGCAUCGAGAGGCUGGUGGACGGUGAUAAGAGGGUGAUCGCUACGAAACAUUUACUUCCAGAAAACAACAUCAAUGUGGUGGUCAGGGUUCGUCCGCUUAGCAGCAAGGAAAUUAAAGUCGGCGAGGAUAUGGCCGUGCAAUUUCCUGGAGAUGGACAGAUAUACUGCGAAGGAUCGCCAAAUAGUGGGGACAAAAAGGGAAAAUUAUUUUCAUAUAACGUAGUGUUCGAGCCCACGGCUACUCAGGAGGACAUACUGCAAUUUUCUGGUGUGAAGAAACUGAUUGAAAUGGCUGUGGAUGGAUUUAAUUGUACUGCGUUCUGUUACGGACAAACAGGAAGCGGGAAAACUCACACUCUCACAGGACCUCCGGAAAUGUUCGAAAGAAUGAAUCCUUACUCGGAGGAUCAUGGCCUGGUCUUCCGGUCCUUCGUCUACCUAUUCAAGCUGCUACAAGAACGUCAGGGCUGUAACUUUGUACUGAAAGCUUCUUUUCUAGAGAUCUAUAACGAGAAGGUAAUAGAUUUAUUAAAUCCUGGAACGUCGAGGAAGCCUCUGAUGGUCCGUUGGAGCAAAAAGACACGGGGUUUCUUCGUUGAGAAUCUCUUCACCGUCGAAUGUGAAGAACUUGAUGACCUCCUGGCGGUCCUCGAAGAAGGUAUGAAAAAUAGAUCUGUCGGUGCGCACAACAUGAACGAACAUUCCAGCAGAAGUCACAGUAUUCUAACUGUUACUAUCACUUCCGAGCAACAAAUGGACAAUAGCGUGUUCAUCUCGAGACAAGGGAAGAUUAAUUUCGUCGAUCUGGCGGGUAGUGAAAUGACAAAGAAGACCCAGAGCGAAGGGAAAACUUUGGAGGAGGCAAAUAACAUUAACAAGAGCCUGAUGGUUUUAGGUUACUGUAUAUCUUCGUUGAGCGAUGGAAAACGCAAGUACGGUCACAUUCCGUAUCGAGACAGCAAGCUGACGAAACUUUUAGCCGACAGUUUAGCAGGAAACGGUGUCACUUUAAUGAUUGCUUGCGUUUCACCAGUAAGAUCAAACGCUAGCGAAACGUUGAACACUUUAAGGUAUGCGGCAAGGGUGAAGAAAAUUCGCACCAAACCUAUUGUGGUGAUGGAUGCACGAGAGGCAUUGAUUCUGAGUCUGAAGAGAGAAGUGGGUGCACUUGAGACUGAAAACGAACACCUGAGAAAUGCUCUUCAUCUCGGUGAAGAUUAUUCAAAUAUCAUUCGCAGUGAGUCUAAAACUGAAAGGAAAGUGCCAUUAACACCACCAGUGGUGGACUUAGACAAGUUAUCUGAAAUGGAGCGACCAGAAUUGAGCCAGCUAAUUCACGCAUACAUUACGGAGAACGAGGCACUUCGUCGAGAGAACGCGGAACUUUAUGCUACCAGGGAACAAGUAAUAAGGGACCAAGAAUUGGUGUGCAAAGAGAACGAGAGGUUGUUGAAGAAACUCGAGGACGUUAACUCAGUAUGCUGUCGGUCGCCUAUUAUACCUGCCAGACCUACGUACUCGGCGGAAGUGUUGAAUGAUAGUAACGAGGACGCACCUGGUGCGACAAACGUUUGGACCAACCCUAACGCGGAAUCAAUCCCUUCUUCAAGAAAUAUGAGUAGGCGAGGACUCCACAAAUCAGCCAGCAACAUGCCUGAGAAAAUACAGAAAGAACUGGACAAACGUAGAAUCGUAGGAAGUUACAACAACAUAGCAGAAGCGUACAAAGACAAGAGUCAACAUCGUCGACACAACUCCUGGGACAAUGGAAACGGCACGACGAGAACGAGUCCGGAUCAAACUAUGUCACCGAUACACGUUAAUCAGUACAAGAAGGCGAACCUGCGUCGUACGUCGACGGUACCAGAAGAAAGGAGACCCUCGGAAACUAUUGAUCCGUUGGGUGAACCCGUUCAGCCCACAGAUCAUUCGUACAACGAAUCACCAGAUUCGAUGCUGGGUAGCGGAGGACUCGAAACGACGCAUUCUGCUCCGGAUACGAUGGAGUCUGAGACAACCACCGCACCUUUCCCAAUGGUUUCAUCGCCAUUUGGCACCCCAGAAUCGUUCUCCCCAAGAAAGUCAAAAGAAAAGGAAGAUGAAACUACGCAACGAGCGUUUGGGAGUCCUGUUCCCAUUGAUGAAGACAAACCACUUUGAAACUAAUCAAUGAUGUAUCUUUGGAUCAGAAUGAUAGAUAUUGGAUCAACUAUACGGGGAAAGAGUCGAGUUGGAGAGAGUAUAUUUUGAAUGAUAAUAUGGAAUAAAAAGAGAUUGAGGAAAGUUAUUUUGAUGUUAAGUAUGAGAGAAUAGAAUUGAUUGAUAUUGGAAAGUAUGUGUUUGUGAUUUGAGGUAACCGUACAGUAAUAUCGUGUUUUCAGAGUGAUCAAGAUGCGUAGUAUCGUGUAGUCGAGAAAAUUAUUUUCAUGUAGAGUAUACUAAUUAGGAUAUUUAGGUGUGAUAACUGAAAAUUAUAUUUAAAGAAAUGAUAUAUUAGGACAUUACUCAGGUUGUCGUCGAAUCCUACCUCUGAAUAAUGUAAAGUAGGAUGUUUUACAAAUGAAGGUAUGGACCAACUUAUCUGCAAUAAAGUAUUUGAUUAUUUUAUGA